AUGGAUAUUGAUUACGUUAAUGAAGAUCAUAUAAAAGCCUUCCAUGAAGCUUUGAUAUAUGAUGAUAACUCUCAUGAUACAACAACUCCAUCAACUGCAAAUUCCAUAAAAAGAGAUAUAGAUUCAACAAAUGAAAUUAUUGGUUCAAAUGAAUUAUCAAAUCAAAUACAUCAAACAAAUCAUGUGGAAAAAAUUACUUCAAAGAAUGAUUGGGGUCCAAUAUAUAAAAAAAUUAACAAAAAACAUCAAAAAAAUCAUAAGAAAGAUGAUUUUUUCCAAAGUUAUUCUUAUAGGACUUUAAGAUAUCCAAUAUUAGCAUUCAUCUUAAUUUGGUGUUCUUUCCUUACAGUGGUUUAUUUCUUUGUAAGGUUAUACAUUGCCCUAUAUGAAUAUAUAAUCACAUGGAGAGGUAAAAGACGUGGGUUACGAAACACACUAAGAAAUUCCAAAACAUAUAAAGAAUGGAUAUCAAAUGCUAUAAAAUUAGAUAAGUUUUUAAAAUUAGAUUAUUGGAAAUCUCAAUCAAAUUUUUAUUAUUAUGAUUAUAAAACUUUAAAAAUUUCAAUAAAAAAAUUGAAAACUUUACGUGAGAAUCCACAGGCAAAGGAAGAAUUAUUAUUAUUUUUACAAAAUUGUAUCAAGGCAAAUUUUGCAGGUACAGAAAAUCCAAUAUUAUAUUCACAAACUUAUUAUGGUACCAAAAACAUUGUGGAAGAAUAUAAUAAUGAAAUUGUUAAAUCAUUAACAUAUAUAAUUGAAGAUGAUGAUUCAGAUUCAAUAUCACCAAUAAUCAAAAAGCAAUUUUUCAAAUCAAUAAGUAAAAAUUUAGGUAAAACUGCUCUUUGUCUUUCAGGUGGUGCAUGUUUUGCAUAUAAUCAUUUUGGUGUUAUAAAAGCUUUAUUAGAAGAAGAUUUAUUACCAACUAUAGUUAGUGGAACUUCAGGAGGUGGAUUAGUUGCUGCAUUAGCUGCAACAAGAACAAAUGAAGAAUUAAAAACCCUAUUAAAACCUGAAUUAGCCCAAAAGAUAACUGCAUGUAAUGAACCUUUCCAUACUUAUGUUAAAAGAUGGUGGAAAACAGGUGCAAGAUUUGAUUCAAUUGAUUGGGCAAGAAAAUGUAAUUGGUUUACAAUGGGAUCAUUAACUUUUAAAGAAGCUUAUGAAAGAACUGGUAAAAUUUUAAAUAUUUCAACUGUACCUGCUGAUCCUCAUUCUCCAGUGAUUUUAUGUAAUCAUAUAACAUCACCAAAUUGUAUUAUAUGGUCUGCCCUGUUAGCUUCUUCCGCUGUACCUGGAAUUUUAAAUCCUGUGGUAUUAAUGAUGAAAGAUCCUAAAACCGGUCAAGUUGUUCCUUUUAGUUUUGGAACAAAAUAUAAAGAUGGUUCAUUAAGAACUGAUAUACCAGUUGAAGCAUUAAAUACUUAUUUUAAUGUUAAAUUUUCCAUAGUUAGUCAAGUUAAUCCUCAUAUUUCAUUAUUUUUCUUUGCACCUAAAGGUUCAGUGGGGAGACCUGUAUCAAGAAGGAAAAUUGGUCUUAGAGGUGGAUUUAUUGGUGCAGGAAUUGAAAAUUUUAUUAAAUUAGAAAAUAAAAAAUGGUUAAAAUUAAUUAAAUCUUUAGAUUUAUUACCUCAUUUAUUGGAUCAAGAUUGGUCAAAUGUUUGGUUACAAAAAUUUAGUGGGACUGUAACGAUUUGGCCUAAGAUUAAAUUAAAAGAUUUUUAUUAUAUAUUGAGUGAUCCAAGUGAAGAAAGAUUAGGUGAGAUGAUUAGAAAUGGAGAAUUAUCAAGUUAUCCAAAAUUACAUUUUAUUAAACAUCGAUUAAAUAUUGAAAGAACAAUUGAAAGAGGUUUGAAAAAAUUUAAAUUAAAAGUUAAAGAAUUAGAAAAAUUGGAACAUAAAGAAUCUACAACUACUAAUAAUUUGAAUGAAUUAAUUUCAAGUGAAUCUGAUGAAGAAGGUUUUUCAAAUGGACUAAAUCAAAAUCUUGAAAAUACUUUAAGAUAUCAAGUUAGAUUUGAUAAAGAUGAUGAUGAAGAUGAUGAAGAUUCUUAUAAUGAAGAUGAAGAUCCAGAUUAUAUAGAUGAAGAAAGUGAUUAUGAAAAUUCUUCAAAUUUUGAAAAUGAAUUUAAAACAAGAUCAAAUUCUCAAGAAAGUGAAGAAUCGGAAGGGGGUUUAAGAAAUAGAAGAACUAGUGCAUGGUGGUGA